CGGUGUGUGGAAUAUAAAAAUUAUAUCAGAACCCAGCGCACCCGUUAUUGUCGUGCCGCCGUCAGCUGAGUGAGGUUCGCGCGCCACCGUUGAGCGCCAUGCGUGUGAAACAAGUGCAAGUGAACAGUUUCCACACAUCCGCCGUAUAAUAGGACCGGGGCCAAAAUAUCGUCCGGGUGCCCACUAACUGAGAUUUCUUCGGCGCUGCUCACGGGGUAGUAGUGGUGGUGUAGUGGAAAAUUAGCACGUGUGAUAGAUCCCACGCCAUUUGUGCAGUAAUGAUCAUGUGCAAUCGACGAUCGUGAAGGUCGUCCCGAGUGUCAGUAAUAUUAGUUUAACCCCCCAAAAAAAAAAGUAUCUCCCGCCCGGUUAUCUUCGCCUGUAUCGUAAGCAAACGCACAGCCACCACCAUGUCUGCCGCCAACUACAUCGAAGUGAGCAUACACUCGGAACCGGAAGACGAUGAUCGCGGUAUGACGGAUCUCGAGCUGCAACAGUGCAACAGUAGUAGCAGCAGCAGCCGACAGCAUCUACUACAAAGCAUCACAAACCUUUCCAAUCCUGCCUGUCUCUUCACACCUGCAACGAAAUCGUCCACCGAAUCUUAUGGCAAGGCAGAGAAACGGAAGCUGAUGUGGGCCACACUGUUUACGGUGGCGUUUAUGACGGCAGAAUUUGUCGGUGGUUAUCUAUCCGGCAGUCUAGCCAUCAUGACGGACGCCGCCCAUCUGCUUUCGGACUGCAUUAGCUUCGUGAUAGCGAUCAUCUCGAUCUGGAUCUCUAACCGACCGGCAGACGCGCGGAUGUCCUUCGGCUAUCGACGGGUGGAAGUUCUCGGGGCGCUCCUAUCCAUCUUCGGCAUCUGGGCACUGACCGCUGUGCUGGUGGUGAUGUCCGCCAAUCGAUUGCUCGAAGGGGACUACGAGAUUGAUGCGGACACGAUGAUCAUUGUGGCGAUACUGGGCGUCGUGAUGAAUGUUGCCACGGCGUUUAUCCUACACGGAUCCUGCAGCGUUGUUCCGCACGGUCACAGUCACGGGCAUAGCCACGGUUACGGUCAUUCGCAUGCCCAUUCCCACGGCCACAGCCACAAUUCCCGCCCACGCUCCAAAACUCCUCAGCUCAUAGCGCCCCGGCUCUCACUGUCCCGGUCCUGUUCACCGCUCCCGAGACGGAUGCUCCGUGCCCAGUCGUGCGAUGAGAAAAAGUGUGAUAAACUCGAGCAACUGAUCAUUCCCAACUUCCCGCCCAGCCCGCAAACCGCCAGCCCCCUUUCGUCCCAUCAUAACAGUCGGCACAAUUCGUUCGCCCUAACGGGCGAUCAUAGCCAGCGGCCGAACCUGGACACGAUACUCAACAACGCACGGUUAAAGCUGCACAAAGAAAGCCUGCGCCAGCGGAUGAGCAUCGAUGCGGGAUUGAAUUCGCCGGAUUUGAUCAGUUCCAGCAAGCUGGCGUACUCCCGCAUCAGUACCGAUCCGGAAUCGUCCACCCGGGGGCAUAGCGACGACGAAGGGCACAGUGAACGGGGGGAACAGUCUUCGUCGGAGCAUCAUUCCCAUCAUCAUGUGGAGUGUUCGGAGACGGACCAUCAGGAUGAUAGUAGUAAUCUUAAUGUUCGCGCUGCCAUUAUCCAUGUGAUCGGUGACUUCAUACAAAGCAUCGGUGUGCUGGUAGCUGCAAUAGUCAUCAAAUUUGCGCCUCACUUGAAGGUGUUUGAUCCCAUCUGUACGUUCGUGUUCUCGUUGAUCGUGCUCGUAACGACAGUGCGGAUCUUCCGGGACUCGAUGCGGAUUCUGGUGGAUGCCGUCCCGGUAGACAUCUCGCUGGAACGACUCUCGUCCGAGCUGUCCUACAUCGAAGGUGUUAAAACCGUGCACGAUCUGCGGGUUUGGAGCGUUUCGACCGGCUGGGUCGUAAUGACCGCGCAUCUUAUGAUCGAUCCGUUAGCGAACGCUUCGGAAAUUCUUGCCACGGCAGAUCACAUCGCCCGGCACGAUUUCCGCAUCAAGCACAGUACGGUCCAGAUUGAGAAGAUGCACUUCUGAUCCUGGAUUCGGCUACACAUGUACAAAUUGUGAUUUCACAGCCUGCCGUCCGUGAGAGAAGAGAUCUUCAGACUUUCCGCCACAUGCGUGUCGCGCUGUGUUUAGGUUUUAAAAACGAAACAAGUCAUUUACAGUCCGCUAAGCAUCAUAAGAGCAAAAGAAGGUUAAGAUGUAUAUUAGGUAGUUGUUGGGUCAAGGAGCUCUUUUUGAAGUGGAGAGGACAACUGCUCACUAACAUGUGCGAGGUGAGGCCACCCGGUAGCUCCGCACUCUUCGACCUCUUCGCCGUCAGUGAGUGCGGAGCUACCUUUUGCGAAAUCGAAGAACGCGCCCUCAUUUUAUUUAGGACGAGGCGCGUUCCUCCCCGGUGGUAACUCUCGAGCUCACUACCCAACACUAUUAUGUACAAAACAAAAGGUUAAAAUAAAGGCCAAUCUUAUCGGCACCAGCACAAAACAGCGAUGGACAGGUGGUUUCGGUGUACGAUUUAUUUCAAAUCAAUUCGAUUCGUUAUUCGGACGCGUGCCGUAAGGUUUCGCCCAGACACAUCUACACACAAGCAAGAAGGAACCGUUUAUAUAACCGUCAGUUUAAAUAGAUUUGCGUUCGUUGGCCGCGUUACACUACUACGCGCGUUGAGCACCAUCUCUGUCUAAAGCACAGCUCUAGCAAGCUGCAGCUUUUACUAUCCUGCCAGCCUCCACUGCUAGACACCUACCCACGCGUCUCCAAACGCAGGUGACAAGAGUGUGUGUUUUAUUACAUUAAAAACGUGUGUACUUGAGUGUUUAUUUGUUUUUGUUGAUUUAAUAUGCGUUUAAUGUUGGUGGUAUUGUGUGUGUUCACUGCUCUCAAGUGCUCUUAUUAAUGCUGCUGCUCUCGAUACAGCAUUCGUGUCUCCCGUUGCCAAUUCAUAUUAUCCUACCAUUUUUGCUUUUGCUUAUACACGAUUUGCCUUACACGUUUUGACUACUAUCCGAAAUUCAGCAAAUGCUGUAAAAUGUGCAAAAAACUUCUCAAAUCGAAAAAUAAACGCCGAUAAGCGAUUUCGCUACGCCACCUACAUAUCUUGCUACUUCUGGGUGGUGGUUCGUUCUCUUCUUCUGUAGAAUUAUAAUAAUUGUGUUCCUCUCGUUGUUCAUCACCAACAAGCCUCCCUCCUCCCUCUCCGUCCCCUGUUGGCCUAUUUUUUUUUUUGUUUGCAAUAAGUUUACAACAUAAAUUCCCCACAACCGGUCCACAAACACUAGGGAUGAUACAUAAUAUCUAUAUAGCUGUGUAUUUGUAUAAGUAUAAAAGUAAUGACUUUUGUGUUGCUUCUUCUUUUCCUCUACUCCGUCCGUCGCUUUGAGAGAGAAAAAAAAUGUUCAAAAUCGAUUUUGUUUGCUUGCUAUGCGGCGGUACAUUUGCGCUAUGUAAGUUUUAUUCUCGUUUUUGUUUUUACUAACGCCAUGGAGCGAUUGGGUGCGUUGUACAUCACUUUACUGGAUGAAAUAGUCCACAGACUGACCAACCAGCACAUAUCGAAUGGAUAUUAAUGCCAUGAACUGAUCUUUCGAUAAAGAAAAUAAAAUGCAAAUUUAAAUUAAAAAAUUCAAAUUUUAAUGUUUUAAAUUAGAAACGGACGAAAAACAUACUUUUUUAUUCAUUUUUUUGUACUCAUACGCGCGCAUCAAUCGAACCUCUCCCCAGUCGGGGAUUCCCUUCACUCUUCAAGCACAAUAUCGAUAAGGCACUCGCUCAGUGGAUAAAUUUUUGCUAACGCUGUUUGUUUUAUUCUCUUCCUGUUUGUAUUUCGCUCGCACACAAAUCGCUUCGCCCAAUUUGUGUCCUACAUGCUUUUGUGGGAAGGGGUCUCGUGUUUACCACCACCCGGGACUUGGGGCCUGGCUAUCAUCACGAUUUGCAUUUCAAAGUGUAAUUAUGCUUUUCAUGUAUAAAAGUAUAAGCGAGGAAGCGCAACUGUGUGUUGAAACGUAAACGUCUGCAUGCGCUAAAAGCAAUAGGUAAGCAACAAUCUCAUUGAACGAUGGUACUGCAGCGUCUUGGUACGCGGCGGCGCAAACGAAAGGCAUGUUUUAAGCUCGUGCGAAAGAAUAAUCUUUAAGCUACACAUCUAACCAACUGCCAACUGAUCAGGCUGAUUCGGCCCAACGAGCGUGUGAAAGCGUUUAAAAAGUAAAACCCUUCGUUCAGAUCUUCUGCACAUUCAGCACAGUCAUCGAUGCAGGUGCGAAACGUAAGUUCUUGCUAGCAAGAUAGUUCUAAUCCACCGAUUGUAACAAGCAGCAAGCAACAGACACACGCCUGAAUAGUAGCGAUCGUAGUGCUAGUAAUAAUAAUAAUAGUAGUUAGCAAUAGAUAAAUGGUUAUCGUCGAUUAUCGUUUGGUUAAUAAAUAGAGAGAUUCAUCUCAGCAUCUUACAUUUCGAUUUGCUUGUUUUGUUUGUUUCCUCCCAUGUGUACAGUGUGUAAUAUAAUUUGAUGUUUUGUUAAUAUAGAAAAGAUCGCUAUUAAAAAUAAUAGUUAACACGUGCGUGCGUACAAGGCGUACCAGGCAGGGCGCAGCAGGCAACACAUCCACCUAAUCCUUCUACAGCAGCUACAGCUACUUGUCUUUGCGUGAGAGUGUUGGUUUGCCUUCCUUAGCC